UUGAUGAUCGAAUGUUAAAGAGAGAGAGAGAAAGUGCUGGGCCUGUUGGCGAAACGGGAAAGCCGUUACUUACAUGGAUAUGAAUCGCACGUGCCCUGUUGAUAACUUUACUGCGUGUUUCACUCACAAACAAAAUCAUCAUUCUCAUUAUCAUAUCACUUUUUUUUCAAAGGGAUAAGUAUCCUGAAUUCCCAAUCUCUUGAAUUCCCAUUAUCAUUCUCAUUAUCAUUAGCAAACAAAACACACCUAUACGUACACCGUAUCUAUAUCUAUAUAUCUUCAAAUCCAACCCAAUCUCUUGAAUUCCCAUGUGGGUAUUUCUAAAAUUUACAUUCCAUAAUUAAAUUCACUCACUUUGUCAACAAAUCAAUCAAAACACAUAAAAUCCUGAUCAUUUAUAAAACCCUAAAAAAUAUGAACAGGCAAUCUACAAGGUUUUGGACAUUGAAUGCUUUAAUUGGUGCAUUUCUUGAUUUAUAUGUAGCUUUUUUGUUACUGUUUGGAUCAAUUAUGGCAUUUAUUUGUAUUAAAUUUCUUAGCUUCUUUGGUAUAAGCAUACUUGGUAAUAAUCUUGAUCAAAAUGUUAAUUCUGAAUUUAAGUCUUUACUUGUUGAUUAUCCUACUGAUAAAGUAUCCGCUGUUCAGUUUUCUGCUGCUAGAAAGUUCCCUUUUGAUACCCUUUUCUAUAGAGUUCAAAAUGAUAAUCCAAAUAAUGAUAAUAUUGGUUUGAAUUUGGAAAGAAAUGAUGGGGUUAGGGAGUUGGAAGGUGAAGCAUCGUGUAGUUCGAAAUCGGAUGCUCGAAAAGUUGUUGGAAUUGAGAGUGAUGAGGUUGGAGGAAAGGUGGAUAAGGAGAAAAGGAUUGAUGUGAAAGGGAAAGGAGGGUUGAAUUAUAGGUUGAGAGGCGGGUUUCGGCGUAGGAGGAAGGGUAGUUUUGAUAGUGGGAGAAGGUCUUCUGUAUCGUCUUCUACGAAUUGGGUGACUUGUGUUGAUCAACAAAGUAAUAAUGAGAUUGGGACUACUGGAGGACUUGAAGGGAGUUGUGAUUUUGAGGGAGAGACUUCUAUGGUGGUGAAAUCAGAUUUCCUCAAAAGGAUUCCUGCAAAUGAAGCUGAUAAGGACAACUUGAUUGUGUUAUUGACACGAGAACUGGAAAAAUCACAAGCUGCUCAAGUUGCACUUUAUAUUGAACUUGAUAAGGAAAGAAGUGCUUCUGCUACUGCUGCUGAUGAGGCUAUGUCAAUGAUUCUUCGAUUACAAGAAGAAAAGGCGUCUAUUGAAAUGGAGUCACGUCAAUAUCAGAGAAUGAUUGAAGAGAAGUCAGCUUAUGAUGAAGAAGAAAUGAAUAUAUUGAAAGAAAUUGUUUUGAGGAGAGAAAGGGAGAAACAUUUCUUGGAAAAGGAAGUCGAAGCAUAUAGACAGAUGGUUCAUGUAGAAAAUGAUCAAGUUUUUGGUGACAAUAACCAAGAUUUCACCAAUGAUCCUAGCAAGUCUACUAGAUUUAGGAAGAAUGCAAGAUUGUUUGAAGAUGUCGACUUUUCAAAGCAAGACGAGCCUGAGAGAACAAUAGCUAUCGUUGGAGAAGAAGAAAAAGGUUUCGAAAUGAAGGCUGGUGAUACAUCUCAUGAAGCGGAUUCACCUGUGUAUGAUGUUCAUGUGAUUGAUAACGAGCCUAAGUCAACUGAAAAGUCAAGUAGAAGGAAAUUUGACCAGAGCCGGAGUGGUUUAGAGAUGAGUGCUGGGUUACCACCUGUGAGCUCAAAGAGUAGUUUAAGACGAAAUUCCACAUCAGCAUUGGAUAAUGAAAGAACACGACUCGAUACUGAAGUUGAGUGGUUGAGGGAAAGGUUGAGGAUAGUACAAGAUGGGAGAGAAAAACUUAAUUUUUCUAUUGAUAAUCGUGAAAAAGAAAGCUUACAGUUGCAACUGUUGGAGGAUAUUGCACGACAGCUUCAGGAGAUCAGAAUGCUUACUGAACCCCAUACGACCCGACAAGCUUCUCUCCCUCUUGCUUCUGCCAAGGGUUUGACAAAGAAAAGACGUUGUCGAAGUGCAUCUAUAGGUCCACCAACACAAAGUUAUUGAAAUGGCCACCAAUGAAACAGAGGAAGGAUGUCAAAAACAACCUGGUAGUGUUGGUAUAGAGUUUCUAAUUUUGUAUUAUGUUGUGAAUAUUAGAUUCUGCUGCAGUAGCAUGUGUUUUCAGAUAAACCUUACAAAAAGCACAAAUAUUACAUGUUCAGUGUCAA